GUACGGGACUUUACUUGGAAAGUCGCAGUUUCUCAUUUCACCAGUUCUCAACAAGGGAACAGCCUUCCACGGCCACUGUAGGAGUUUAUUCUUGUGCCUCAUGGCUGCGGCUCUUGGAAACAGCACCCGAACUAUGGGAACUUCAGAUUGUGAGCUGAGAUGCCAGUUCAAAAGGAGAAGGAGGAGGUCGACAAGAAAAGAGAGAACAAGUAUGUUGUCAUCUUUCAUCGGCCCCAUGAAGUUUAGAGACAUUGGGACAACAACAUCAAGAGACGGUGGAGACACUUCAAGUACCAGCAGCGUUGAGGUGAAGGAGAACCGCGACAGCAGAAACCAAGUGGACUAUUCCACCAUACUACAACCUGGACAUCAUACAUCAUCAGCUCUUUGCACUGACAUCUCCAAAAGAAAGACGACAGUGGACUGUACCCUGGUACCUGCACAUCAUACACCAGCUCUUAACACUGACAUCUCCAGAGGGCUCUCCAGGACCACUGCUCUACAGAGGAAGCAGCCAUUGGUGGAAGGAAAAGACAGGCUUCUCUACGAACUCCAGUUGAUUUGUAAGAGGACGGACCAUUGUCUCACGUCAGAUAGCGCCACGACUCCGUCUGCACGGUGGGUUGGGGGACGAGCGUCGCAUGGGAGUGAUGCCACCUGUCAGAAGACAAUGAUGACUUCCUGGUCUGGCACAAAGAAGAAUGCCCUGGUGCAUUUGAAUGAGCUGAGACCAGGUCUACAGUAUGAGAUAGUGUCUCAGACAGGGCCAGUUCACGCCCCUGUGUUCGCUGUAGGAGUAGAGGUCAACGGACUCAGGUUCGAGGGCCGAGGCCCCACCAAGAAGAAGGCUAAGAUGAGGGCAGCAGAGCUGGCUCUUAGGUCCUUCAUCCAGUUCCCCAACGCCCAUCAGGCUCACAUUACCAUGGGAAACCUCAACUUCAUCAACACCACAGCACCAGCAGACUUCACCUCAGACCAGGCUGAUCUCGUCCCCGACACGCUCUUCAAGGAGUUUCAGCCAGAAGCACAGGAAGACCAAAUCCUUAAUCACAGAACAGGGGGAAAGGAGUUGCAGUUUGAGGAACCACCAGCGCAAGAACAACUCUACAGAGCAGUGAAAAAAGGACAGGAGUUGCUCUCCAGUAUCUGUAACCAUGGGAGACUAGUGCGCCUGACACUUGACCUGAUGUCCUCAGCCAAUCAGAAGAGGCAGAGGAUCGGUUCCUCUAUCGUUGGGGAACUGAGGCCCGUGGCUCUGCUCAAUGAGUUAAUGCCAGGCUUGAGGUACGUCUGCCUGACAGAGAGAAAGAAAGGCAGGCCGAUCAGGAGCUUUGUGAUGGCAGUACGGGUGGAUGGAAGGGUAUUUGAGGGCUGUGGGCGCAGUAAGAGGCUGGCUAAAGCCGAGGCAGCAGUCUCAGCCCUACAGGACCUGUUUAACAUCAGUCUGGGUCCUGAGAGGAGCAUCAGCAAUACUGCCAGCUGGGCCAAGAGCGCACAGCUACCUCAGUGCUUUGCAGAGUAUAUCUUCCACUUGGUGAGAGAGAAACACAGUGAGCUGGCUGACUGUUGCUGCACUCCCUCCCAGUCGCACAGGCGUCACAAAGUACUGGCAGGCAUCGUAAUGACCAGAGGUUUUGAUCUGAGGCGAGCCCAGGUGGUGUCUUUGGGGACAGGGACCAAGUGUAUCAGUGGAGAGUGUGUCAGUGACCAAGGAUGGGCGGUUAAUGACUGCCAUGCUGAGGUCACCACCAGGAGGGCUUUCCUCCGCUUCCUCUAUGCCCAACUGGAGCUUUUCCUCUGCAACCGGCCAGGCAGUUUGGAGCAGUCGAUUUUUGUGCGAGACAAAGAGUCAGUAUACAGACUGAGAGACGGUAUUCUGUUCCAUAUGUAUGUGAGUUCAUCGCCCUGCGGUGACGCACGCCUCAACUGUCCCUACGAGAUCACAGCUACACACCAGAGCGGGUAUAGAUUUGUGAGGAAGUUGCGCUGCCAUCUGAGGAUGAAGAUGGAAGGCGGUGAGGGUACACUUCCUGUCAGCGUACUGAGAGCCAAUCAGAAAUGGGACAGGGGGUCGCCGAGGGAAGCUCCCGUAACCAUGUCCUGCACAGAUAAAAUUGCCAGGUGGAAUAUUCUAGGUCUCCAGGGCUCUCUCCUGUCUCACCUGGUGGAGCCAGUGUACCUCCACAGUCUCACGGUGGGCAGCCUGUGCCACACGGGUCACCUGGGAAGGGCCAUGGCACGACGCAUGGGGCACAUCGCCCCUCUGCCCUCGUCGUAUAGACGCAACAGGCUACUGCUCGGCUGCCUCAGCAGCAGUGAGGGUCGGCAGCCAGGGAAGUCCCCAAGCUUCAGUGUGAACUGGAGUGCUGGAGAUGGAGAGCUGGAGGUGGUGGAUGUCUCCACAGGCAGGAAAGACUCAGGGACACCAUCCAGACUCUGCAAGAGAUCCUUCUUCACUCGCUGGGAGAGACUACACCACCAGCUUAGCAGUCCAGGAGGA